AUGUACGAGCUCAACGACAGCAGCUUCGACCCCAUCACCUUCGUCCUGACAGGCAUCCCAGGCAUGGAGGAGUCCCACAUCUGGAUCUCCGUCCCCUUCUGCCUCAUGUACCUCACUGCAGUGUUCAGCAACUCAGUCCUUCUCUUCGUCAUCAGCACGGACCGGAGCCUCCACGAGCCCAUGUACCUGUUCCUGGCCAUGCUGGCCGUCUCUGAUCUCAUGCUGUCCACCACCACGGUGCCCAAAAUGCUGGCCAUCUUCUGGUUCAGCGCCAGGGAGAUUUCCUUUGAUGCCUGCAUCACACAGAUGUUCUUCACCCAUUUCAGCUUCAUCGUGGAGUCCUCUGUGCUGCUGGCCAUGGCCUUCGACCGCUACGUGGCCGUGUGUGACCCGCUGCGCUACUCGUCCGUCCUGACGCCCUCGGUGAUCGGGAAGAUCGCCCUCACCGCCGUCGUCCGGGGCUUCUGCAUCAUGUUCCCGCCCAUCUUCCUGCUGAAGCGGCUGCCCUACUGCGGGCACAACGUGAUGCCCCACACCUACUGCGAGCACAUGGGCAUCGCCCGCCUGGCCUGCGCCGACAUCAGAGCCAACGUGUGGUACGGGCUGACCACGGCGCUGCUCUCCUCGGGGCUGGACGUCGUGCUCAUCGCCGUGUCCUACGUGCUCAUCCUCCGGGCCGUGUUCCGGCUCCCGUCCCCGGAGGCGCGGCUCAAAACCCUGAGCACCUGCGGCUCCCACCUCUGCGUGAUCCUCAUGUUCUACGUGCCCGCCUUCUUCUCCUUUCUCACGCAUCGCUUCGGCCACCACAUCCCCAGCCGUGUCCACAUCCUCCUGGCCAACCUCUACGUCGUGGUCCCGCCCAUGCUCAACCCCAUUGUCUAUGGGGUGAAGACCAGGCAGAUCCGGGAGCGUGUCCUCCGCCUCCUCUGCCCCGCAGGGGAGUGUCCCUGCCCCGGCUGCGGGGGCAGGUGCUGA